AUGUCGGCCCCAGUAGGUGAUAUCGGCCUCAUCGGUCUCGCCGUCAUGGGUCAAAAUCUGAUCCUCAACAUGAACGACAAAGGCUUCACCGUUGUUGCUUACAACCGUACUACCAGCAAAGUCGACGAUUUCCUCGCCAACGAGGCAAAAGGCACCAAAGUCCAAGGCGCGCACUCCAUCCAGGAGCUCUGCGCUAAACUCAAGCGCCCUCGCAAGAUCAUCCUUCUUGUCAAGGCUGGCCCUGCUGUCGACAGCUUCAUUCAGCAACUCGAGCCGUACUUGGAGAAGGGCGAUAUCGUCAUCGAUGGUGGUAACUCACACUACCCUGAUUCCAUCCGCCGCACCAAGGAGCUUGAAGCCAAGGGUCUCCUUUUCGUCGGCUCUGGUGUCUCUGGUGGUGAGGAGGGUGCUCGUCAUGGCCCCUCCCUCAUGCCUGGUGGUUCAACCGCUGCCUGGCCCGCUAUUAAGGAUAUCUUCCAGAAAACCGCUGCUCAGGUCAACGGCGAACCCUGCUGUGACUGGGUUGGCGAGACUGGUUCUGGUCACUACGUCAAGAUGGUUCACAAUGGUAUCGAGUACGGUGACAUGCAGCUAAUCGCUGAAGCCUACGAUAUCCUCAAACGUGGCCUUGGUAUCCACGAGAGUGAGAUUGCUGACAUCUUCACAACAUGGAACAAGGGUGUCCUUGACUCCUUCCUCAUUGAGAUUACUGCCAACAUUCUUAAAUUCAACGACGACGACGGUGAACCUCUCGUCACCAAAAUUCUUGACAAGGCUGGUCAGAAGGGUACCGGAAAGUGGACGGCAAUUGCUGCCCUUGACGCUGGCACUGCCGUCACGCUUAUCGGUGAGGCUGUGUUCGCACGUUGCUUGUCUGCUAUCAAGGAAGAGCGCGUGCGCGCUAGCAAAGUUAUCAAUGGCCCUCAAAGGGAACCCUUCCGCGGCGACAAGCAACAAUUCAUUGAUGAUCUUGAACAGGCAUUGUAUGCCUCCAAGAUCAUCUCCUACACUCAGGGCUUCAUGCUCAUGAGGGAGACUGCCAAGGAGUUGAACUGGAACUUGAACUAUGCUGGCAUUGCUCGUAUGUGGCGAGGCGGAUGCAUCAUCAAGAGUGUGUUCCUCGGUGACAUCACUUCCGCUUAUGAGAAGAACAAGGACCUCGAGUCUCUGCUCUUCGAUAACUUCUUCAACAAGGCUGUCCACAAAGCACAACCCGGCUGGAGGCGUGUCAUCGCUCAGGCUUGCCUCUGGGGCAUUCCCACCCCUGCCUUCUCGACCGCCCUUGCCUUCUUCGAUGGCUACAGGAGUGAAGUGGUUCCCGCCAACCUCCUCCAGGCCCAGCGUGAUUACUUCGGUGCACACACCUUCCGCGUAGUGUCCGGUAAGGAGAACGCCCGCCUACCCAAGGACCGCGAUAUCCACAUCAACUGGACUGGCCGUGGAGGCAAUGUCUCUGCCAGUUCGUACUCCGCUUAG